UUAGUAAUAAAACCAAUCUUGGUUACACAGAUCAAAGGUUUCUGGGUUUUAAAGCUAAGUGUGCAGGGAAGCAAUUUGGAGUUACAAGACAAGCAAGAAACAAUGCCACCCCGUAGGAAGAGGCAAAAGCUGAAUGUGAUUUCUGAGAACGAUGGUGGGCAACAGGAAACAUCAAGUGAUAUGAAAACUGAUAGUGCAGUGGGACAGGCUCUGGUAGGGUUGUCAGGUGGAGAAACUAGUUUAAGAGAAGAUAAAGAUAUCAUGUUAAGACGGAAAACAUAUGUUAUCCAGAAAGAGGAUGUUCGUGAUCUGAACUGGAGGGUAAAUUCCCAUGCCCCAGAUGGGGUUUGCCAUGAUAAUGCUGAUAAGGACAGAAGACUUACAUAUGUCAUUGAUCCAAAAGUAUGCCUCCCUGUACAGUCCAGUGGUCUUGCCUGCAACCCAGGAAUUGAAAUGAGUGUUUCAGAGCAGGAAAUCAAUGGCAUUGAGAUUCAGGAAACCAAAAAUAUUGCACCGCGCCGUAAGAAAAAGAAAGAUGCCACUAGUAUAACAUUGAAAAAUGCUGAAAACACAGAGAACAACAAAAAUGGAAAAAAGGAAAGCAACGUUUCUUUUGAAGAUGAACCUGUAGAUCAACAUCUAAAUGAGAAAACUGAAAAGGAUAUACAGAAACCUGAAGUGGGUCUACAGGAUACAAAUAAAGUCCGUUCUACUGAGGAACGUGCUUCAACAAAGCGUAGAAAAGCUACUACAAAACGUGCUACAAAAAAAGAGGUUUAUGAAGAAAGUGCAGUUGAAACAUCCACUCUUGGACUUCGCAACAAACAUUCCAAGAGAGGGAGAAAGAAAAAGACCUGAAGAAAAAUUUCCCUUUGAAUUCAAGAAAUGCAAGUCUUUGUAGAUAUGUGAGAUAAGGGGAGUAAUUAAGUUGCAUGAGAAUAAUCUUGCUCCGUUCCUAGGGCUCCAUGUACACACGUAUAACUAAAGUUGUUUCUCUUUUUCAAGAAAAUGUCACAUGCUGGUCACAUGAGCAAUUUGAACUGUUUUCCUUUUACAUGAAAAAGUAAACUAUUUUAAUAAGCUAAUAAAGUUAUUUUCUAUUAAUCUA